UUUGCUUCUUUCUUCUCCAUCUCUCUCAAUUCUUUCAGGGUUUAACCUUCUCUCUAGGGUUCCUCUCUCUCUCUCUCUCUCUCUCUCUACUCAUCUGGUUGCGUGCUCAUCGGAAACCUAGCAGUAGCAUUCCGCUAUGAAAGUAAAAGUGAUAUCGCGUUCAACGGAUGAAUUCACUCGCGAACGCAGUCAUGAUCUCCAGAGAGUUUUCCGGAACUUUGAUCCCAAUUUGCGCACGCAAGAGAAGGCGGUCGAAUAUGUCCGCGCGCUUAACGCCGCUAAAUUGGAGAAGAUAUUUGCGAGACCAUUUAUUGGAGCGAUGGAUGGGCAUAUAGACGCAGUCUCAUGUAUGGCGAAGAAUCCCAAUCACUUGAAAGGAAUAUUUUCUGGUUCUAUGGAUGGAGAUAUCCGCCUUUGGGACAUAGCCUACAGGCGUACAGUUUGCCAGUUUCCUGGUCACCAAGGUGCUGUGCGUGGUUUAUCGGCAUCUACAGAUGGGCGAAUUCUUGUAUCAUGUGGAACUGAUUGCACUGUUAGACUCUGGAGUGUACCUCUUGCUACUGUUACAGAUUCAGAUGAUGUGUCUGAUAAUUCUGCAAGGUCACUGGCAGUAUAUGUUUGGAAGAAUGCCUUCUGGGCUGUUGAUCACCAAUGGGAGGGUGAACUCUUUGCCACAGCUGGAGCUCAAGUAGAUAUAUGGGAUCACAACAGGUCCCAACCCGUUAAUAGUUUCGAGUGGGGAAAAGAUACAGUGAUUUCUGUUCGAUUUAAUCCCGGAGAACCAAAUGUAUUAGCCACAUCAGCUAGUGAUCGUAGCAUAGCAAUAUAUGACUUACGAAUGUCAUCACCAGCGAGGAAACUUAUUAUGAGGACAAAAACUAAUUCUAUAUGUUGGAAUCCCAUGGAGCCAAUGAAUUUCACAGCUGCAAAUGAGGAUUGUAAUUGCUACAGCUAUGAUGCCAGAAAAUUAGAUGAAGCAAAGUGUGUGCACAAGGAUCAUGUUUCUGCAGUAAUGGAUAUCGAUUACUCUCCAACUGGUCGUGAAUUUGUAACCGGAUCAUAUGACAGAACAAUAAGAAUAUUUCAAUAUAAUGGUGGUCAUAGCAGGGAAAUCUACCAUACCAAGAGAAUGCAAAGGGUUUUCUGUGUCAAGUUCAGCUGUGAUGGGAGUUAUGUUAUCUCAGGGAGUGAUGAUACCAAUCUUCGGCUUUGGAAAGCUAAAGCAUCUGAACAAUUGGGAGUUCUUCUACCAAGGGAACGCAGAAAGCACGAGUAUCUGGAUGCUGUCAAGAAGCGCUACAAGCACCUUCCUGAGGUCAAGCGUAUUGUGAGGCACAGGCACUUACCAAAACCAAUAUACAAGGCAUCGGCUCUCAGACGAAUCAUGACUGAAGCUGAGAGGAAGAAAGAAGAGAGGAGAAGAGCCCACAGCGCUCCAGGAAGCAUACCAAGGGAACCGUUACGCAAGAGAAGAAUCAUUAAAGAAGUAGAGUGAGUUAUAUUUGUGACAGACAGACGAGGAUAGCUGCAUGUAUAAUGCACUGAGUUUGGAAGGUUUCUCGGAAGGCAAGUCAUUUAUUUUCUCAGCUCAACUUAUGGCCAGAGGACUUGGGGUUGUCUAGAUUCUUCAAUUUUGUUCUCUAAGCGACUUGUUACUCUGAUGAGGGCAACCAGCUCUUACUAUGUAAACAAACAACCGAGAAUGGAAAUUUAUGAAAUUUGUUUGGUGUCCCAAGUUGAAAUUUA